UUAUGACUGGCCUCUCUGGGCUGCUAAACUCUUCCCAUAAACCCCUGCGAGCUGCAACGUAGCCGGAACAUGGCGGCUGUGUGAAAAAGCCGGAGACACCAGCCCAGCACAGUGACGACACCGAGGAAAACAUCAGAAAGAUGGCAAGUCCACGCACAAGAAAGGUGUUAAAGGAGGUCAGAGUGCAGGAUGAAAACAAUACCUGCUUUGAGUGUGGAGCAUUUAACCCACAAUGGGUCAGUGUGACCUAUGGUAUCUGGGUGUGUCUGGAGUGCUCUGGAAAGCACCGGGGGCUCGGAGUUCAUCUCAGCUUUGUACGUUCAGUAACUAUGGACAAAUGGAAGGAUGUGGAGUUGGAGAAGAUGAAAGUGGGAGGAAAUGGCAAGUUUAGUCAGUUUCUGGAGUCUCAGGAGGAUUAUGACCCUUGCUGGAGCUUGCAAGAAAAAUACAACAGCAAAGCCGCUGCUCUCUACCGUGACCGGAUUGCAACAUUAGCUGAAGGGCGAGAUUGGUCUGAAGAAACAUCAUCUGCCAAGAACUGGACCCCUCCUCAGCCAAAGAUGAUGGGGAGUUUCACCCACCGUUCAGCUGCAGGGCCUGCUCAGACUGGGGCCGCUUCUGGAGAUAAAGCAUUUGAGGACUGGUUGAAUGAUGAUGUAAAUUCCUAUCAGAGUGGUGGUGCUGGGAAUCAGGAGAACAGAUAUGUGGGAUUUGGGAACACAGUGACUCCUCAGAAGAAGGAAGAUGAUUUCCUGAACAACGCAAUGAACUCUCUGUAUACUGGUUGGAGCAGUUUUACAGUUGGAGCCAGCAAAUUUGCAUCCGUGGCCAAGGAGAGUGCAACAAAGCUGGGAUCUCAAGCAACACAGAAGGCCUCUGAGCUAGGCCAGACCAUUAAUGAGACUGUUGUCAAACCGGCCCAGGAGAAGGUUAAAGAGGGGCGGAUUCUUGAAGAUGUUAGCAGCAGUGUGUCCCACCUGGCAUCUAAGGUGCAGGGGGCAAGCAGCAAAAGCUGGAAGGAUGUUACCUCUUUUUUUUCUGGCAAAAGUGAAGAUAUUCCAGAAAGCUCCACUUCAGGUGAAGGAUACCAGCAGAGUGGUAACGGUGAUGGUUACCAAAACACUACCCCAGGCAAGUCCUUCUGGGAGACGUUUGGCAGCUCAGAGGAAAUCAAGAAACCCUCAAAAUCACCCAGUGGGGACAGUUGGACGUUCCCUGAAAACUCCACAGGAAGAAAGAGUUCUGACAGCUGGGAAGUGUGGGGGUCUGGAACCACCUCCACUAACAAAAACAGCAACAGUGACAGUUGGGAGAACUGGGACAGUCACUGGGAAAGUGCAGAUGGGUCAAAAAAGAAAGGAGGAAAGGGGCAGGCACCUACUACAGAGGAUGGGUGGGAGAACUCUAACUGGUAAUUCAGAGGAACUAGGCUGGGCAACAAAGGGGCACUGGCCCCAGAAUUCAAGAACAGCCCUUGACAACAAAGUUUAUAAAAGCUGUGUAAGAAAUGUUACCUCCUUGAUACAAGAGGGCAUCUAUCCCUCAGUCUCUAAUGAGGUUCCAUCACAGCAGGAUAACUGCAUUUACCUUGCUGAACAUUUCCAUGAGCAGCUUAUUGGAACCCAGACUACAGUACUCAUACUGUAUCUGUUGUCCACAGCAGCAGUAUAUCUUAUUGACCUUGUGUUCACUGACAUCAUUGAAGGCAGAACAUCCAUUUAAGGUGUAUCCCAGUUUUUAAAUUGCAUAGAAUUCUGCUUGUUUGUAAUACAGUUAUUUAAUAGGCUUAUUUGGUGUAGAGAAUUUCCAGUAAAAGCUUCUGCUAGUUUGAAUAUGCUGGCACAUUUUAAAAUUUAGAGCAGUUUUGGACUUUUUCAGGUGAACCACUUAGCUAUGUUUGUUACUGGUCAUUGUCAAGAAUGUAAUGGUUUUUCUUCCAUCUAUUCUACCAGCCUCACAUGCUUUUAUGAUGCUUAAACACAGUUUAUAAAAUGGGGAGGAAUUGUAAAGACUCACCUCUGAAAUCCUCUAGCCCUUUUAUUGUGCUACCUAGAUGCUGUGCCAAUGUAACUGUAGCAGCUUUUACUAGCAAUUACAGGGUAAAAACUUUCUUCCAGGGCUGCUGUUUUCCUUUUUUUCCCUUUUCAUUAGAUCUGGUGUUAGAAUCAAAGCUGUGUGAUCAACUUCAUUUUUUGUGCAUAUAAAAGAAGGCAUUUUAAAAUGUAUCACGGUUUGUCCUAAAAAGAAAAAAAAAAUGGAUGUUCAUGUGGUGGAAAAAAAGUUUUGUUUUUAUACCUAUUGAAUGUGUCAAUAUUUACUAGUAGAACUAUUGGAGUACUCCUUAUCAGCCAGUAAGGAAUCUGUUGUACAUGCACUUCCUUUAUAGUUUAAAAUCAAUUUAAAGAGCUCUAAGUUACCUUUUAACUUGUUUAUUAAAUAGUUUUCUUUCUUA